UAAUUCUUAUCUGUGGUGGUUAUCACAACAUUUAACUUAUCAACAAGUGUUUAGAAACUGUGUUGUUUACCGAAUGGACAAAAAACAGUGUGCUAGUUCGUUUCACUAUUAGAUUGCCAUGUGCAAAACCCGUUUUUUAACUGUUUCUUUGUUAAAACCGAUAACUUUUAUAAAAUACAAAUUGGUUAGCAAAUUAAGCGCUGUCGCAUUUUGAAACUUAAUGAGCUUUAAUUGAGCGACACCUUAGCCAAUUGACGGUAAUUUAAGCGGAUUUACUCACCUAUUUGUGCCUCAGGCUUUGAUGUUAACUUAAAGAACAUGGUGCUCGUUCUAAAUGGGGUUUUGCAAGCUAAAUGUCCUCAAGAUAUGCAAAGCUUGUAUAAUAGUCACCCGGUUUAUAGAGAAACAGCGGGUCAGUUACUUUCUAUUCCAAAUAAAGUCAUAGGUCCUGCAGGAUUGCUCUAUGUUCGACAAAGAGAAUUUGCUGCGACUGUUCCGCAGGACAAGAAUGUCAGCAUAUUGGGUUCUGAUACAGCAACAACAUGUGCCAUUGUUGUAUUCAGACAUACUGGAUCAGGUGCUGUCGCUCUUGCUCAUUUAGAUGGAUCAGGAACAGAAGAAGCUGUGUGUGCCAUGAUUCAGAGAGUGCAAGAAUUGGCUCUAGGAUAUCCAGAAGGUAGAUAUGAGUUGCAGAUUGUUGGGAGUUAUAGUGACCCAAACAAUAAAUCAGAAGAGUUAUUUUUUGGCCUAAUGACUUCAUUUCAUAAGCACCCUCUCGAAGUUGACCUUAUACUAGCAUGUGUGGGUCCUUUAAACACUACUGUGAGGGGUGGUAUCGCUUGGCCAUUAAUAUAUGGAGUUGGUGUGAAUGUUGAAACUGGUGAAAUAUUUCCUUCAACUUUCCCAGAUCGUGGACCUGAUUCCCAUUUAAGAAACGCUCGUACUUUAACAGGGGAUUCUGAGGUGCUUGACAUAUAUGACUGCAAUAUGGGACUCCUUAAGAUAGGACCUUUUAACUAUAAACCGCUUAGGGGUGUGGAUUUGUGGCUUGAGCAAUCUGAUGAGUUUAUUCUAAGACAUCUAUCCUCAUCACCUGAUGUUGAGCCACCACAUUUUGUUGACGAAUUGAGGAGCACUUUUAAGUACAUUCGGGAGCACCCAUUUCCUGCUGUUACGGUAUUUAGAAAUAACAGACCACAUUAUUUUCGGAGGGAUGAACAAACAGGGUUCUGGACGCCCGCCAUUUUUUAGAGGUUAGUUUAAA